AAAGGCACUAUCACUAGACUACACAUUACUCUAUAGAAUGUCCCCGCACAAUGGUCUGUUUGGUGGGGGCACUAUUUAUGUUGGAGUUACUCUGGUGGGAAUGUAUAUGUGGCCUGGCGGCGGCAGUGACUGACCUACUGCAGUCAGUACAACUGGAGUACCAUGGUUAUGAGGGUGAAGGCGCUGACACCAGCAAAGGCGCCACCCAAGAGCAAGUCAAGGAACGCCUCAAUGGACUAUUCUCCCUGGUCCAGGGACUAGUUGGUACUGCAGUGGUCCGGACAUAUAUAGACCAGCUGGCUCAGGUACUCAGUGCACUCGUUGGGUGGAGUAAGAUAGAGAAGUGCACUGGCAGUGAUGGCAGUGGCUGUGGUGGCACUGGUGGCGAUAGCAAACCGCACGGCCAAGAGAGCUGUGAGUAUCUAAAUGAGGUGACAGCGAACGAUCCGUGCGACAAGUGUGGAUGUAUGAAAUGGGACGUGCCCAAGGCGGAUGAUCUCGAUAAAGGACACCACCUGGGCAGGGGGUGUCAGAGGUGUAAGGAUAGUGGUGAUAGUGCUCAUAGGUGUAGCUGUACUGGUGGUGGUAGUGGCAGCAGCACCUGUACUGCUGAGAGCUGCCAGUGCUAUAAAAAGGGCAAAUGCUGCAAGUGUUGUUGUAAGGGUUGUGAUGGGUGUAAGAAGGAGUGUAGGUGUGAUGGCUAUAAAUCAGCUUACCCCAAAACGACAGUCAGCUGGAUUGAGGGAGGACAUACAAUUACAUGGAAACAACUAAAAGAUACUACGUUUGAUAACACUGGUGACGGAACUCCAUCCAAUAAAAGAUUGCAAUGUGCCCGGAUAUUCCUAGGGUCAGUAUGUCUCAUUUGGAGUGGCAUUACUUAUAUGUAUUGGACUGGUAAGUGGGCCCAGAGUAGUCCCCGUUGGAACAACCAUAUCCUGGAUGGUAGUGGUCUAGAUGAUGGUACCCUAUCCCAAUGGUUACAAGCCCUAGGGUUCCCUAGGGAAAUGUUGAAUAACGCUGGUCCUGGAAAUAGGUUGGAUGCUGUUAUAUGGGAUGGGUUGAUGGGAAAACUGUUUCUUGGAUUCCUGGAGCCUAGUGGCCUAAAUAAAAAUGGUGAAGUUAAUGACACCAAUGGUAAUACAGCGAGAAGUCCUUUCGGUAUGAACUAUCCUGGUUUUGUACAUACUGCACAUAGGGAUUCAUUCAACACUGAUCAAGCUACUGUGUUCAGGAAUGGCACUGGAUCAAGUACUGCUGGCCAAAUCAGUGAAACUAACCAGCAUAAAAACGGUGCCAUUUUCAAGCUCUAUAUUCUAUCAUGUGCUUACUUUACAGGGUUACAGAACAAAGCUCCGCCGAAGGCGGACAAUAAAGCUCCCCGUACUAUCCGGGAAAUCCUCUACUGGCUAAGUGCAUUGCCAUAUAGUACGGCAUACCCAAAGAUACUGAAGCAUGGUAAGCAUAGACUAACCGAGGUACUCAAAAAACCCGAUGGGAGUGACUCUAGUACUGACAAUGACCAGAAACAACUGAAGUUUCACCAGACAGGCCGCACAGCACCCAUUACCGUUGAUGAAUACAACCUGUUUGCCCACUUCCAAGCAGUGACCCAGUACUGCCCACUGGUCCUCAUAGGUAUCCAGGGUGGAUUACACAGUACUAAAGGCACUGACUCUCCAGCCAUUCAUUCCCUCUAUGCCAACACUGAAUGCCGAUUCACAUAUCCCACUGUGCCCAUUCAAGCAUACAACCAGGUGGUCCACUACAUUAGGGCUCUGUUCUACCAACUCUAUUUCCUUAGGAAGCAAUGUGCAGUGAAAGUUACUUGUGGAGGCAAAUGGCGUGAGUGUAGGUAUGGGGAUGGAGUAGUCUCCAAGGGGGUAAUCAGCUGGAUGUGCCUGGGGUGUGACCCCAUGGAGCAUGAUAGGAAAUGUAGGGUGGGGAAGGUAAAGGAGGAGUUGGAUGGGGUAAUGAAGAAGGUAAAGAUAUUGGAAUGGAAGAAGAAGGAGGGGAUCGAGAAGGCCAAAGCAUUACUCGUGGCCAUAGGGGAUGUGGUGGUACAAUUGGGUAAUGCCCAGGAGGCAUUGGAAGGGAAGAAGAAGGAGGCGAUCACUAAGGUGAAGGGGAAACUGGAGGAGGCUAGGACGGGACUAGAUACGGCGGUGCAGAAGGUGAAGAAUGGGCUAAUGGGGGAUUUGAAGGAACUAGAGGAGGCUAAGGCGAAACUAGAUGCACUGACGAAUGGUGGUGGAGCACUACAUACACUAGUGAAUAGUGGUAAUGGGUCAUUACAUCAGGUAACGAGUGAACCGGAAGAGUGGAAGAAGAACUACAGCAGUGCUAAGGACAAUAUAAGUGAGGUUAUCCAUAAGGUACGGGAGGUAUUGGAGGCAUUGAAGAAGGGAAUACCUGAGGCGAUAGAUAAGGUAAUUGACGGGCUGAAACAGAAGGAUGUAUAUUGGACGACACGUGAAAUAUUGCAGUGGGCCGCUAAACAAUUUAUUCAAGCCAUCGAACAGCUCCUCUCCAUCUGCAACUCUCCCAAGUGCCCACCCUGUAAUGACCACAUAAACAAGUGUGGCAAACAGCCACAGUCCAAGAUCUGUGACAAAUGCCAUCAGCAGUACGAUGACGGUAAACCCUCCCCCCUCCAGGCAUUCCUCGAGGAUCGGUUACCAGGUUUUAGUUGUGAUAAUACCAAGGAACUACUGGAUAAACAAGAGGCAGAAAAGGCUCAGAAUAAAGGAAAAGAUACAUCUCAUGCGUCGGAUCUAGACUACCCACUUGCUGCAUCCCACUUAGAACACUGUGGUGGCUCUGGUCAGUGCUGCCCACUGCCAAUGGGUUUUAGAAAUUCAUUCAUGAGUACUACGACAGGAGUCCCAUCACUACCACCUACUGGUGCCAGGCUCUACGGAAUCCUAUACUUCUUUAGUAACGAGAACAUGAUGCAGUCGUGUGUUUAUACACUAGUGAGGGUCACAGCAGCUCUCAGUGCUACGACACCACAGGUAUUGGGUGAUGUUUUCGGGUUCUUUAGGGGUGGUGUAGGAAAUCCAGUACAGAAAGUCGGAGACUCAGGCAAGAACUGCGAUCACCAGAAUGACCCCAAAACGUCGACGGACCCAAAUAGUUACUAUUGCGGCUGGUGUGCCUCUGGGUUAAGGGAAGAGGUAAAGAAGAUAGAGUGGAUACCAAAGGGGGAUGACAGUGAUAAAGGAGGGAAGUAUAGAGGAAGUGUAGGAGAAGCACUGAUAGCGAUUAAGGGAGAGAAAAGUGGUAGUACCAUUUCACAGCCAGCUACACAAGACACUACUUCCCUCUCGACCCUGACCAAGGAUUCUGAGUACCUUUCCCCCCUAACCGGUGAACUCUAUACCGCAGUGAGUGCCACAUUCGGUGGAACAUACCUCUCAUGGGUACUAUAUCUAUCAGAUGCACUUCAUUCAGGACUAGAGUCACUGGCUAGUGAGUUCCAACAGAUUGAAUGCCGGGGUUGUAGAGGCUGUGACCCCAAUAAGUGCAAGAAGGGAAGUCAUGGUGGGACGGAUAGUGCACAAUGUAACUGCUCUUCAAUCGUAUCAUGUACCGGAGUCCUGCCAGUACUCUAUAGACAUGGCUUCAGCUACGGUAACCCAUUCAAUCUGGAGGGGUACCACCAGAAGGAUGGGAAAACGGAUGGCCAGUAUGACAUCACAAAUACAAAGAGUACUAAGAAGUGUCAUCAAUUCUUAGAGAGUCUCAGUGCAGUGAUCAAGAAGAAGGAGAAAGCGGAGAAGGCCACCACCCAUCCACUGACAGAGCUCCUAAAGCAGGUCGGCCAGCUCCAAUACGACAUACGGUUCCCCUGGAUCUUUGUGCUCACGGUAGCCUGGCUAGUAGCAGUACUCUACCUGGCCUUUGGUGCCAUAUGGCCACUGGACUGGACUCAUAUGAGGUCACACUGGUUACGGGGUGGAGCACACCAGUGGCAAUGUAUGUGGUAUAAGGUGAUGACGGGGAGGAAGGGAAUGGAAUUGGUGGAGUAUUUUGGUAGAAAAUAGUGGUGACGUAGUGGCGCCUUAGGCGCAACGGUGCUUUAAUGUGGUAGUUAGUAUCGGGGGUAGUAAUGUGGAGCAGUCUAGUGGUAGAGU